AUGUCGCACGAAUCCGAGUCCGAGGCUGUGGCCGCCGAUUUCCGUGACGCUCUCGACGACCUCGCCGGUUUUGCUCGCGCUGAAAUCAAUAACCUUACUCUAAUCGCAAGAGAGAAUACUGAGCAUGCCCUCGCUAUCUCUGGAGCUCUUCAAGAGCACAUCAAGCGAGUCGUUCCUCAAAAGAAACUCCCAGCUUUGUAUGUCCUUGACAGCAUUGUCAAGAAUGUGGGCACACCAUAUACGAUCUUCCUUAGCAAAAGGCUCUACCAGACAUUCAUGGAUGCCUACGCUUCGGUUGACAUGGCCACCCGGCGGAAGAUGGACGAGAUGCUCAGGACGUGGAAGGAACCUGUGCAAGGCUCUCUCGAUAACCGACCUAUAUUCCCCCCAGACGUCACGCGACCCAUCGAGAACGCCCUGAUUAAGGCAAGAACGACUAUGCUACAGGCACAGCAGGAGUACACGAGGAAUCAGCAGCAACUGCUUGGUCGUGGGAGACCAAUGAGUCGGGGUGUGCCUUAUCGUGAAACCCCUACCCCUCCAAAUGCCCAUACACCUCAAGCCAAUGGCUAUCCACCGACUUCAAUGCCCGCAGUCAAUGGCUCUUCCCAUACUAAUCCCACUCCGGUAGCACAACCCAGCUACUCACAACAUCCGACUCAUAUACCCCCACAGUCUCGAUCUACGCCACAACCAACACAGGCCCAAAUGGCCUAUCACCAUCCUCAGCUAGGAGGUUAUGGCACACCACAGGUUGGAAUCAGCGUAGAAGCUUUAAAACAAGAUAUCCGUGGACUCAUCACUGCCUCCGAGUCUCAGUUGGCACAAAGUCCACAUGAACCUAGUAUACAGAAGAGACUGAAGGCUCUGGUGGAUUUACAAUCGAUUCUCCAGACGCAGAACCUGCCACAAGAUCAGAUAAUGCUUAUAAAGAACCAAAUAACUGAUCUUGCCGUGACCAUAAGAGCACCCCAGGUUUAUCCUGCCACUACACCUACACCCCUGCCACAAUCUGUAGCUGUAGCCCCUCCUCCAGCAGCGACUCCAAAGGUCUCUCUGGAUACUCUAUUCGGUGCAGGCACUUUGGCUGCUUUGGUGGCACGAAAUUCAGUGACACCACAGGCGUCUGCACCUUAUGUUCACCCCCCUCCCCCCGCUGCUAUACAUACCCCAGCUCAAAGAGUUGAGCCUCAGAAGCCUACUAUGACUCAACCGGCACCGCCCUCAGACCCUAAAGCACUGAUGGACAUGUUGAGGCAGGCCGGCCUACUUCCGACCUCCAACCCAGUGGGUACUUCAGCGACAGGCCCUCGCCCUCCCCCCUCAAAGUCAUACCCGCCCUCCCUAGCCAUUCUAGGAAUGGCUAAUAACAAUCAGCCCGACCGGCCUAUGACUAUUGAGGCAUUUACGCAAGACAUCAUCCUCCGGCCAUCGUCACUGAAGCAAUACCGCCCUCAUUUGCUUCCUUUCCUUUUUGGGUCUUUGGGGCCUCAGUGUACGCAGUGUGGGCGCCGGUUCACAAAAGAUGAAGAAGGCAAGAAACGGAAGACCGCCCACAUGGAUUGGCACUUCCACGUGAACCAACGAAUUGCCGACGCUGAGAAACGAGGGCAGCACCGAAGCUGGCUAGUCGACGAAGUGGAUUGGAUCAAAACGAGAGAAACCAUCGACGAGGAUCAUGUCGCUCCUCCCGGUGAUUCUAAUACUACCUCAGGCACCUUCGCUCCGAAGACACCCAAGAUACAGUACAUACCUGUCCCUGACGAUCCCAACUUGGCAAAUAGCGUGUGUAGCAUCUGCCAAGAGAAAUUCGAGACAAGAUGGCUAGAUGACGCUCAGGAGUUUGUGUGGGCAGACGCCAUGCAGACUGGCAAUAAGAUUUAUCAUGCCAGCUGCUAUCGAGAGGCGUUCAAGGAUGGCGGAAGUACGCCGGUGUAUGCAAGGGGUACACCGGAGCCAACAACCGGAAAUAAGAGGAAGGCUGAGGAAGAGUUGUCCUCCACACGAAGUAGGGGCAAGGGAAAGGCAUUCCCAUACGGCGCGCCCAGCUGCAGCACAACAGAUUCCAGCACGACAGAUUCCAGCCCGACAGAUUCCAGCCCGACAGCGUCCGGUACGACAGAGUCCAGCACGCUCACGCUUGUCUUAUAG